AUGAAUUCUAAAGUAUGUUUUAUACCAUCGUCAAGGGGCAAGCAUCCAAUGUUAAUCCUAGAGAAGUACACAUACAAACGCCAGUGGGAAUUAAAGUUCAUAUCAUCAGGCCACGGGAAGCAUCCACGCAUGCUAUACAAGGACUACACAUUUAAACGUCAAAGGAAGUCCGCUGAGGGCAUUAUAACGUGGUACUGUUCCAGUAGAAAUAAAGGGUCACACUUUAUAACGACGCCUAAAGGAGGUCAGGUUCUCAUUAUUGGGGAGAAUCGUUUUCAUAAGGAAUAUGGGAAAGAAGAUAGAAGCUACUGGAGAUGUAGUAAGAGACUAAAGUAUGGAUAUAGAAGCGCUCAUAAAAUCACUGAAACAGUAACACUUGACAAUGGGAAUGUAUCUGACGAUGAUGUAAUUGAAGUAGUUAUCGAUGACACACCUAUUGAAAUACUAUCUGAUGAAGAAGAAAUGCAAUUGGAGAAAACUAGAGCUUCGGUUAUAGAACAGAGUUUUGAAUUUACUGCACCUCAAACGCCGGAAACAAGCUUUAACGAACGAAAGGAUAUAAUAGACCCACUGACAAGUUUUGCUCCAAUUGGUGACAACCAAUCUAUACUGGAGACACAUAUUACCAGUACGAUGUCGAUAAAUGAAACUGAUAAGGAAUCGCCAACCACAGAAGUAGAAGUGAAUGUUGAUAAGACGUUUAUUGAGACACCUGAAGUAAAAAAUACUGACGAACCUAAAGAUGAUAAUGAAGAAAAUUCUGUACUAAGUGAUGUAGAGAAGCUUAAUGUUCCUUGUCAAAGUAAUGAACUCGGUACUGUGAUCACGGAACCAGUUAUAAAUUAGCACAUGUAUUUAUCAGUUCUCAAUAUAAUCAAAUUUCUUGGAACAAUAAGCUAUUCCACUGUGUUUCGUUAAGGUAGUUUUUAUUUAAACUGUAUUAUGAAGGGUUAUUAAAUCAUUCUACACA